ACAAUAUGGACGACAAAGAGCAUUAUAAUCAGAAGUAAGUCUGUUGCGGAGCUGAUCUUUGCGGAAUCAUGGAGCCCUACCCAGUGCCGGAGCACGGAGUAAUGCCGCCGUCUGGCCCGCCCGGCCCCGGCCCCGGUCCGGGGACUAGUCCCAGCCCCAGCCUGAUGCACGAGCAGCACCUACAGCAGCUGCACCAGUCCAUACAGCACCAGCAGCAGCAGCUGCACCAGCAGCUCACCUCGGGGACCAGCAGUAUCUCCGACCUGAUCGGGAUGUUACCUCAGACGGCCUCGCUGUCCACGUCCGUCUCCUCACCUACCUCAGAACCUCCACUCAGCCACUCGGUGCCCCCCGCCGGCCUGCCCUCACACAUGUCCUCUCCUCACCCCGUCAGUUUGCCAGGUUACAGGCCUGACAUGCACCUGCCCAUCCCUUCUACGUUGUCCUCGUAUUCAAGACACACAGAUCUCCCGCCAGGGUCUCAAGCUACACCUCAGUACUCACAGCCUCCAGACCCAAGCCGCGGAGAAACCAGUAUUUCCUCUAUUGCCUACACCCGACAGGGAGACAGCUAUGUGUGUUCAUUGUGUGGAAAGGUGGUUGUUUCCAAGGCAGCAAUAACUCGUCAUAUACAACUGACUCAUGAGAAGAAGAAACCAUUUGAGUGCAAUAUUUGUCAUCGGCGUUUUGGUUAUAAAAACAUUUUAAUGGAACACCAGAACAUCCACUUUGGCAUCAAGCCGUACGCGUGCACGCUGUGUGACAAGCGAUUUGCCGCGCGGUCGAACCUGUUCCAGCAUCGCCUGCUCCACAUGAAGCCGUUCUGCUGCUACAUCUGCAACAAGCGCUUCGACCGCGACGACCAGCUGCAGCGACAUCUCAAGCUGCACCCGACGGCCAACGUCUUGUCCUGCAGCCAGUGCCCGUUUACAGCCACCAACGUGGAGGCCCUGAACAACCACCUACAGGAGAGCCAUAAGCUGCUGACCUACGACACGCGCAGACACUCGGCCAGCUUCGACAGCGACGGGGAUCCACCCUCUCAGGUGGUGAUGUCGUUGCCAAGCCCCACCCUGACCUCCCCGGACAAGUCCCCCGGCCACCAGAUGUCCAUGGGUGGGCCCAACAUGGACACUGAGACCAUGCGGCGCAUCGACUCGAUCUGCUCCCAGCUGGCCACCAGGGGUCAAGGCCACGGGGGCGCCGAGGUCAAGCAGGAGCCGCUGUCCCCCGGGGGCGUGCGCUUCCCUCCGGACGCGUCCCCGCACCACCACUUCCCCCCGGCCCCCAUGUCCCCCCGCGACCCGCACCUCAACCAGGGCUCGCCCACCUCCACCAUCAGCAACCCUUCGGUGGCGGCCAUGAUGCCCGGUCGCGGCGUCGGCCAGAACCAGCAGCGGUUGCCGCCCUUCUCCUCGGCGCUGGGCCGCUCUUACUCGAACCCGACGGACCCGGAGCAGGGCAGCAGCCCGCAGUCGAUGGGCUUUGGCCGCAAAGACAUGUCUCCCAUCCCCGGCGGGGGAAUGGAUCCGCUGCACGGCAAGUUCCAUGGUGGUGCCAGCCCGCGUUUCCUGCCUCCUACGCGGCGGGCCAACUCGAUGGGGAACAUGAACCCCAUGGGCAACUUGAGGCACGGCGGCCCCACCCCAGAGCACGUACGCUCCAUCGCGGAUUCGACCAGCAACCUCACGGAGUUUUUCUCCACCCUUCAGGGCUUGGUUCAGAGGUCGCAGGAAAUCCCCGAGUUGAACAUCAACAUCUCAAAACCCAAGAUGACGAAAGAAGUGGGCGUGCAGCACAACAGCAGCACCCUGCCCGGCGAGCCUCCGUCACUGGAGGAGCUGCUGGUCUACUACGAGUCUCAAGGCCGCCUGUACCGCUGCCAGCACUGCCGCAUCAGCUUCGAGGAGCGCGGCCUCUACUUCCUGCACAAGUCGCUGCACGGGGAGAUGAGCCCCUGGCAGUGCAGCAUCUGCCACAAGAUCUGCGCCGACCGCAACGACUUCCACCUGCACUUUGUCAACCAGCAGCACCACAGCAACGAGCAGCCCACAAUGCACUGAGCGGAGGCCUGUGGUGUUUUUGUGUUUGGGCGGACGGGUGGUCGGUUGGCGGGUGCUGCUCUGGUGUGGUUUUUGCUCGCUCCUUCUUUCCUAUCAAAACGUCUGUAUCUAUCUGUUCUGUUGUCCUCCUUAUCUCUCCUCCUCCUCCUCCUCCUUU